AAUCUCAAAUUCUCUCACUGCUGCCUUGUCGAAGAAGCAUGACCAGCUCCUCCGCUCCUUCUCGCAAGGCUCUGAGCAAGAUCGCAUGCAACCGACUGCAGAAGGAACUUGUCGAGUGGCAGGUUAAUCCUCCUGCAGGUUUCAAACACAAGGUCACCGAUAAUCUCCAAAGGUGGAUUAUCGAAGUUACUGGAGCUUCCGGAACUCUCUAUGCUAAUGAAAUGUAUCAGCUUCAAGUAGAUUUUCCUGAGCAUUACCCUAUGGAAUCGCCACAGGUUAUUUUUCUCCCUCCUGCUCCGCUGCAUCCGCAUAUUUACAGCAACGGUCAUAUAUGUUUAGAUAUUUUGUAUGAGUCUUGGUCCCCAGCCAUGACUGUUAGUUCCAUCUGUAUUAGCAUUCUCUCCAUGCUAUCAAGCUCCACUGUGAAGCAACGACCUGCGGACAAUGAUCGCUAUGUGAAGAACUGUAGGAAUGGGAGAUCUCCCAAGGAGACGAGAUGGUGGUUCCAUGAUGACAAAGUGUAAUCAUAAAAUGAUUACUGACUAAAAAACCUGCCCCUAUGGUUGGUGGGUCAAGAAAGUAGACAGGUUGCAUUCCCUUCUGAAAGAAAAGGUGGACGAGAAAAAGAGUUUAUUAACACCCCUUCUCCCUUCCCCACAAUAAAAAAACAAAAAAAGAAUUUUCCAAAGCCCUUCUGCAAAGGUGGGUUUUGAACAAAUGUUGAUGAGCUGCUGUAUAUUUGCAAAGCCCUGGUAUGUAUAAAAGAAGGUAGUUUUCGUUUUAGCAAGAUGGUUGUCAAGACCCUAAUAGAAAGAUUGUUUGUGGUAUUUGGAGAAUGUACUUACUGCAUCUUGUCAGUCUUAUACUUUCUGCACCCUAAUCCUAACCUUUGGUAUAUUUUA